AUGUACAAUAUUGUCAUUGACCUUGAUUCACCCAAAGAGUUACUUUUAAAGGCCAGGGAUCAAUCAGAAAUUACAAGCUUACGCAAUCUGAAAGCUCUACUAGCUGGUAAUCAGAUUUUCGGAGAAGACGGCUUGGACUUGGACUAUUGGAGCACCACAGUACUAAAACACCAUAAUAUUUUUGUCAAGAGUAAUACAAAGCAAGCACAGCCCCAUCUUGCUCUCAAUUUCAAAAAGAGAUCAAACAUAGUUGAGGAAAUUAGGAACACUUUAAGUAAGGUGCAAAAUACUCGCAUAGGCGUUCCCGAUUAUAGAUAUACCCGGAUCGAAUUGAUAGCGUUCGACAAAAUGCAUGACACUAACUAUGAGAAGACAGACUACCUUAGAGCUUCCUUUCUUGGCUAUGGCGUUAUAAGAUUGUUCAGAGAGGAAAUAAACGAAAAGACUACAGAAGAUGCUGAACUUGGUCCCGAACCUACCUCUCGAAGCAAAAUAGCUGCUAUUUUAGCUGUUCCAACCUACAUGUCAAUCUCAGCCAUACUAAAACUCGUCGGAGAGAACUUUGUUAAGGAUGUUGUUCAUUUCCGAAUAUUCAAGACCCAACAAUAUAAACGAUACAUGUGCAUCCUAAAGUUUCAGAGCGAGGAUCAAUGUGCCGCUUUCCAGCGAGCUCUAAAUGGAAAACCCUUUAACUCAAUAGAACGAGAAAGAUGUCAGGUGGUCCAAGUUAACAAAAUAAUUAUCAAUUCCCCUCACGACAAGGCUAAUAAAAGCGAGGAACUCAAUUUUACCUAUGGUAUUAUAGAACUUCCAACUUGCCCAGUUUGUCUAGAACGAAUGGACACUAACAUGACAGGAUUAUUGACUAUUCCAUGCCAACACACUUUUCAUUGUCAAUGUUUGGCCAAAUGGAGAGAUGAUACCUGUCCCGUUUGUAGGUACUCUCAAAAAGAGAGAACAUCCAAAGAUGUAACAAGUGAAGCCAGCCAAUGUUCCGUUUGUGGAGACACAGCAAACCUAUGGAUAUGUCUUAUAUGCGGUAACGUGGGAUGCGAUCGAUAUAACUCAGCACAUGCUGUAAACCAUUUCAAAGAAACAUCGCACUGCUUUGCAAUGCAAAUAGAAACACAGAGAAUAUGGGACUAUGCUGGCGAUCAGUAUGUUCAUAGGUUGAUUCAAAAUCAGACAGAUGGAAAAUUAGUGGAGUUGUCUCUCAAUAACGAGAAAGCUGGAUCUUCUUCUGAUUCUAAUGGAAAGAACUAUUCAGCUGACAAGGUUGAUACCAUGGAGCUGGAAUACUCUAAACUGAUGAUUGCACAACUAGAGGAGUAUGAAAAGAACAUGACCAAGAUAAUGGAGGAAGAAAAGAUACGAUUUGCAAAUUUGCAGACAGCUAUGGGCCGAUUGGGCACAGACUCCAAAGUGAGUGAAAGAACAAAGGAAUUGGAAACGAAGCUUGAUCAAAUGAUGCAAAAAUACGAUGAAGAAAAAACCUUAGCCUUGGUAUUGACUGAAAAACUUGAAUUUUUUGAUAAGCAAACCAGUCAGCUCAAGAAGGAGAACGAGGAUCUCAAAGAGGAAAUCAACGACCUACUAAUGCAUUUUCAAACGAUGGAGAAGUACAAAGAUGCAGAUGAAUCUGUAAAGGAAGGGAAAUUGGUGCUGAAGCCGUCUAGAAAGUCCAGCAGGAAGGGCUCCAGAAAGUAA